AUGGUCUCAACAACAACAGUACAAUUUUCUUUCGCAGACAGCGCUGUCAUUCAAACAUCGACAUCGAACUACAAUAAAAACCUCGCAGCAUUCACCUGGCAGCAGGUCUGCGCCAGACGGAUGCCGUCAGUGCGAUCACGAGGGACAGUGACGUGCGGUCUUCGAGACAACAUCGCUCGCGGCAUUUCUCGUCGCCUCGACUCCUUCAAGAGCGUCACAAAGCGAUUGAAUCCCUUCGGGUCGUCGGACAAGGAAGCGGUCCGCCAGCAGUGGCAGGAGGGUCUUCAGUCCAGAAGGACCUCGGAGCCCCUUGUGAGCAAGCCGGUGGAGCAGAGCGAAGGCAGACAGAGUGUUCCCACGAUCAAAACCAACCCAGAAAGAUCGACAAAAACUCUGUCUGUUGCUGCUGAGAAGAACUUCGAUGUCCUCUCGAUCGAAGAUGACGAGACAGAGCGCAAAGCCAGGGAAGAAGCAGCAGCAGCAGACAUGGCGAGAAUUCUUGGCAAGAAGUUGAUGGCGCAAAGAGAGAAUGACCUCAAAGCUGCUGAAGCUGCUCGAAUCGAGGCGAAACAGCGAAUGGAACGUGUAAGAUUCCUCCAAAGGGAAGCGUCAAAAACGUUGGGCAAAGAUCAAGCGGAGGCUGUCUUUUCGGGAAUCAAGAGAAAUAACAACGGGACUACAAAUAUCUCAACCAUUCAAACUCCAUCAUCCACAGUAAAGCUCAGCAAAUUGAAUGUCUUUCGUGCCGUUAAGGAAUCAAACACGAAUACGGACAACGAGGAGGAAAACUUUUCUUCUUCUCCUUCUUACAGCAGUCCAAGCAGUCCCAGCGUCUUGAGAAGCACGCCCCUCUCUUCAAGUGCACAAGGUUGGUCGGAGCAGUCGGAAGAAGCGACGCAAGCAAAGCCGCGGGGUUCCUGGGGCCCUUCUAGAUACAUCACUCGGAGAUAUGAGAACCUCGACCCCAAAGCCGUGAAGGUACAAGGAAGACACCUCGGUCCUCGUGCAGACGAAGAGGAGGAGACGGCAGAAGGCGGAGAGACAUCUAAGAGUGACACUGAGAGCAUUGAAGACAAGGAGAAGACCAUUGAUAUGUCGGCGGCUCCUGCUCUGGAGGCAACUGCCCAAGAUCUCGUUCCUUCCGAUAUAGUGAAAACAGAGGAAAAAGACAUGACUGCUACUUCAGCCCGAACUCUUGCCAACUCGAUGAAUCGUCUGCAAUCUCAGAGCAAGCCACAGCAAUCGCGGUGGAAGGUUGUGGCUACCAAAGGCGUCGAUCUCCAUGCAGAUGCAGAGGGGACGGCAGACAUUGUGGGUCACCUCAAGAGUUACGCGCUCGUCACGGUGGAGCAAGAAAAGGAAGGCUGGCUCUACAUCCGAAGCCCGAUGAUUGGCUGGGCGAAAAUGAGGAACGAAAGGGGUUUACCGCAGUUCAUACGCCUGGGAAAAACACUGAAGGGAUAA